CAGGACUAGUAAAGGCCCAGUGCACUGCUUUUGUCAGACAUUUACUUAAAUAACUUUUUUCUCUAUUCAGAUUUUUCAGGGGAUGCUGCAGUACCCACAGCACCCCUACUUCCAGCGCCACACCAUUAGUCAUUGUGCUGUGCUUUGGGUUUUUAAUUACUCUCUUGAUUGGAUUAGGGCAUUAUACUACGCUAACACCUCACCCACCUAAUAGGGUAUUAUCAGCAACAAGUAUAUUAUCAUAUAUCUGUGGCCUUGACUUCUCACUUCAAAGUAGCCUUUUCCCGAUGGAUUACCUCUCGAUGAAUGCCUUUUCACCUGUCCCAUUGCAUUCUUCUGGUAGGCUACUAUCUACAUUUGAGAGGUUCCUGUUCUAAUGUUUUGUCACGUUCGUUUAGAGAUGGAUUGGACCAAGGUGCAGCGUGGUAGGCGUAGAUCUUUCUUUGACCCCGAAAAAACAACAAAAUACAAAACGAACGUACAGCUACAUGCAGUGCAGAAAGCAACUACACACAAACAUGAUCCCACAACUAAAGGUGGAAAAAAGGCUGCCUAAGUAUGAUCCCCAAUCAGAGACAACGAUAAACAGCUGCCUCUGAUUGGGAACCAUACCCAGCCAACAAAGAAAUAGAAAAACUAGAAUGCCCACCCAAAUCACACCCUGACCUAACCAAAUAGAGACAUAAAAAGUCUCUCUAAGGUCAGGGCGUGACAUGUUUCCUAUCUUCUUCACUAAGGAUGGCUAUAAUAAGUGAGGUUGAGUCUUUUGCUUUGGUGUGGCUGUUGGAUUCCUGUUCUUUAGUCACAGCAUAGCAUGGAGCGAUGGGAAGUGAACUGUAGUGUUUUGGGGUUCAGCUCCCAGUCCCAGAUUGCAUACCCUGGCAGUGUACCCUUGAACAGAGUACUUACCCUAAUUAAUCUAUUUUACACCCAGCUGUGUAACUGUAAUACGGGCUAGAUGAUUAGACCUCUGUGUGCAUCUCUCUCUCUCUCUCUCUGAGUAUGUGUUGUAUUUUGAUUACACAAUACCUGUCUUUAUCCUCCUCGCUAUACCCCUCCUCCUUGACUUCCUCUGUUAACUGGAGCCCCAUCUGUCAAAUAUUAAAAGAUAGAGAUAAAUGUUGGUGAAUGUCAUUGUUAUGACUUUAAUUCCAAAACCAUUUCCCUCUCCACAUUGUCAGGCUAAAGGGUGACAUAUUUAAUAUUUCAUAAGCCACUAAGUAUCAGAUAUCUGACUCUCAAACCAACUUGAUUAAUCUGCCAUAUUUCUAUAAUCUCCUCCCCUGCAUUGAUAUGCAGGACCAUCACUCACUCUCUUAGAUUAAAUGGGAAAAGAUCCAAAUUGCCAGCUUGGAGAGCUCCCUUGGAUAAAAAUAAAACCCAAUAAAAUAGUAAUGCCUAUCCCUCAAUAAAACAAUAAAACAAAAUGUCAACUAUUCUUCAACACACACACACGCAAAAGGAGAGAGAGCCAAAAGAGCUGUCCAACUUGAUGAAAAAUGAAGUCAGAUGAAAUUUUGCCAUGUAACCAGAGACAACUGAAGCUGUGGAUCUUACAGUAAUAAACCCAGCUUAAACAAAGACGUCAUGAUGGACAACUUAAUGCUGGAAAAUAAUUUAAUAAACGAGUCAUAAUACAAUUGAUAUCCAUGGACAUAUGGUUUAUAUGCAGCUAUGUGGAUUAUAGUUCAUAACCCUUACUUAUGUCUGCUGGAAGGGAGCUGGAUUGUUAUAAAGUUAUUUCUGAGAGACUAGAGAGACUGAAUAUAUUUUGAUCUGAAUACAAGUAGUUUUGUCACCUAAUUAUCCUAAGGUAAUAACCAUUAUCUAUUUAACUGAUGCUUCAUUUAAUUUGUGUUGACUUUAAGGAGAUGGACUAGAGGACAAUCUGAGGAAGUUAAAAGGAACAGGGGCAUUUAAGAGUUCUUAACCAACAACAGUGGAAUUGAAAACUUAAUUGGAAGUAACUGAAAUACGUGGAGAGGUAAGACUGAGCAGAGUCAAUUAGGUUUUAACAGUAAUUUGGCAAGAAUAUUUAUGACUGGAAGAUUUCCCGGUGUUGCAAUAACUUAAAUGAGGGUUUUAUACAAUAAUUCUACAAUGUUUCUAGAUCAAUGUUUCUGACAGAAUGUCGUUGUUUUUUUCCAACAGGUUUCCAUUGUCUUAUCAUAUUAUCUUGGAUGGAAAACCGAUAGGGAAAUUUCUAUAUAAUGUCAACCAUUAUCACAGAGGAACAUUCCCACUGGGCACAGACAUCCGUUCAACGUUUAUGUCAUUGUAUUUAGGUUAAAAGUUGGGUGAAAAAAAUACUAAAUGCCUUUGACGACUUUUUGAAAAUCCAAUCAGUUUUCCACAUUGAUUCAAUGUCAUCACAUAGUUUUUGGGGGUUGAAAUUACAUCGAAACAACAUUGAUUCAACCUGUUUUUGCCCAGUGGGUUUGUGUUCAUGUUUACUGUGAACUAUCAGCAUUCCACAGGCAUAUCAACGUCCCCUCUUUUACAAUAGAGUUUGUGUUUUUAUAUGCUUCCCUCAUGCAUUUUUAUUGUUUUCACUCCAUAAACUGGCUGCACUCUCUCACAGUUGUCUCUUUCCAAACCCCAUAAAAUCGUUCAAACAUAAUAACUCAACACCUGUAACAAUCUCUAGAUGGAGCCCUCUCCCUCUAUGAACUUGACAAUGCAGCAUGGGGAUGAGGAGGAGGAGGCGCAACAUCCCCUCCUUCCAUCAAAAGUGGUCCCUCCCCCUCCUGCUUUUGGCAACCAGUGCGGAAGAAACUACUCAUGUCAAAAAGGGGGAGAUCACUCAGUGUGGCUCGAUGGAACCCAGUCAUCACCCACCCUCUCAUAUUACAACGGCUGCCAAUAUGUGUCACCCUCACCCCGCUCCUCACCCCGAAGGGGAGACAAUGAGGAAAAGGUUAGGGGGAAGGAGGUCCACAAGGAAAAGAGAGGCAAGAAGCCAGCAGGGAAUGAACAGAAUGCAGGGCACAAGGAUCAGAUUUGGGGGAGUAAAACCAAAAAGGCAAGCCCACAGAGGCACCAGCAGGACAUGACAUCCACUCAGUCACCCUACAAAGGACUCUGCAUGUCUCAAAUGGACUUAAGGGAGACAGAAAGUGGGCUACCCAGUGAAGGAGGUCAAAGGCUAGAGGCCCCAUCAAUGAAGAUGCAGGACCGCCAGAGUGUACCUGAGAUCAUCAUUACAACCAAAGAUGACUACCAGCCACAUUCCCCCAACCAAACACCCAGCUCUGACAAGAAUCACCCGAAGUCUGAGGCCAAGGGCGCCUAUGGUGGAGGUGAGGAGACCAGUGGUGCGCAUCCCAAGGAUGGUGUCCAUGACUGCCCUCACAAGAAGACCCAGAGCAUCGGUCGUAGGCUGGUCCGCCGAAGGGCGCUGUUUGAGAGGAGGCAGAGGCUGAAUGACUGUGCACUCGCUGUGGGGAUGUUUGGAGUGGUGGUCAUGAUCACCGAGAUAGAACUCUCCUGGAGCGUCUACAGUAAGAUCUCUAUAUACUCUAUGGCUAUGAAGUCUGUUAUCAGCCUGUCCUCUCUCAUCCUGCUGUGUCUGGUCAUUGCCUACCACAUCUGUGAGGUGCAGCUCUACAUCCAUGAUAACGGAUCAGAGGACUGGCAAAUUGCCAUGACAACGGAGCGUGUGAGCCUGAUCGCCCUUGAGCUGUUUGUUGCGGCGGUGCACCCUUUCCCAGUGGGUCUCCCAUUGUCAUGGCAAGCCAUGUCCCCCACGCUGUCAGAGACGGAGCUGGAGAUCGUGCUGGCUCUACCCAUGUUCCUGCGACUCUACCUCCUGGGUCGUGCCUUGAUGCUGCACAGCCGACUCUACACAGACACCGCCUCGCGCAGCAUUGGCGCCCUCAACAAGAUCCACUUCAACAGCCGUUUUGUGGUCAAAACCUUGAUGACCAUCUACCCUGGCACUGUGUUGAUGAUCUUCAGCGUCUCUCUGUGGCUAGUUGCUGCCUGGGGCCUACAUGUCUGUGAGAGACACCACAACUAUAAGGACCUGAGCAGUAACUACAUGGAGGCCCUGUGGAUGGUCUCGGUCACCUUCUUGUCCAUUGGUUACGGGGAUGUUGUUCCCCACACCUACUGUGGCCGCAGCAUCUGUCUACUCACUGGCAUCAUGAUAAAAAUUGCUGCUGCAAAUGUACUGAGAGAGACUUGGAUGAUCUACAAACACACCAAGCUUGCCAGGAAGAGAGACCACUGCAGAGUACGCAUGCACCAGAGGAAGCUGCUACUCGCCAUCCACCAGCUGCGUGAUGUGAAGAUGGAGAGGAGGAAGUUGGCUGACCAGGCCAACACGCUUGUGGAUCUCUGCAAGAUGCAGGAUCUGAUGUAUGACAUGCUGUCAGAAGUGAGUGGAUUACGAGGGGACCUGGAAACACACAUAAACAGUCUGCAGCAGAAUGUGGAGGAGCUGAGAGAAGGCUUCAGGACUCUGAUACCCCUCCUCUCCAGCACCCUCUCCACACAGAACUCUUCCAUCCGCCACCUGCUAAUGGAGAGGGAAGAGCAGGCAGACAUGGAGAAUGGGAGGGCAGGAUAGGUAAGAUAGCAAGACAGAUGGCAGGUAUGGGUUGUGCAUCAUCACGGGAAGAGGUAGGGAGUGAUGUGGAACAGUUGGGAUCAGGAUAAUUAUGGGAUUUAGGUCAGGGUAGAAUGAAAUUAGAUUAAUUUUAGGCAGGAAAUAAGGCUACAUCAGGGAUGCAAACUGGUGAGGGCACAAAUUGGUAACGCUUUUGUUUUGCACUGAAACAUGUAAAAAAAAAAAUGUUUGUUAAAAUGCAGGUUUUAAAUAAUUAAACAAAGAAUAUGAUCUAAAUGAUCGGUCUCUGUUUGUAAAAUAGUGGUUAAUGUGAACCUAACAACUAAACAAAUGUAAAGAAAGCAAUCCAAUGUUAUUUGUUGCCUAGACUUUACUGCAGAUUACAGAUUACAUUAAUAUUGCAGUUAGCCAUGACAGCCUUUAUAACAGAACGCUUGUGACCACAAACACACAUCUACAUUUUUCACUUGGGGGGAAAAAAACAUCUUAAGUAGAAAUAGAAUGAAACAAACAGGCACAAGGCUAUAUGUGUGCAAAAAUAACAUUCACUGAGUAAAACAUGUAAUAAUCCCCCCUCACACGUGCUACUAUCAAAUCCAACACAUCAAAAGCAAUAUCUUUGGGCUACACUGCAUUGCAGUGGCGUGCCGUGGGCCUUCAGUGAGAUCCUACAGUCCCACCCGAAUUAAUCCACCUCUUAUUACCAUCAUUAUGAUGCCAUGGCUCUAGACACUAUACAUUUAGACAGAAACGCAGUAUAACCAGGCGUUGCGUCACCUUGAAAUUGACAAAAAUUUACAUUUUUUUAAAACAGUGUUUACCGAAAAACAUGACACAAUCAAUGAGUCUUUUCAAUAUUUCCCUUCAACUUUUCAUUGUGCAGCUCCGUUGCCCUGCGCGCUUGUUCGUUGAGCUGUAGAUCCACUCGGGUGUCCCCAAAAGUUUUCAAAAGCACCAUUGCUUGUAAGUGCCCAGCCGUACUUUGGUGUCUCGUUGCUGCCUUGGUUAGACUAGGCAUUCCCAGCAGUACAGUUUGCAGUGCUUCUCAGAGCCUGAGCCAUUAAUAGCGCUCGUAGUUGGAACUUUGAAAGUGGCGAACGAACCCCUUUCCCGCCUGUGACAGGCUUUGUAGCGUCGGCGUCGGGCGACCUCUCCUUACAAUGUCUAACUUUUCUUGAAAAGUUCGUCUUGAGAAUGGCGUUAUAAUUAUAUCCUCGACCAAAUCGAUAUCUUCUCCUCCUUCCGCCAUUGUGGGUUGAAAAAACAGCUUAGUAGUACGCAAAUUAAUUAAUUUAUCAAAUUCAGUUUCCUAGUUCUGAGGUUCUGCAUAGACCUGCCCAUAGGACCUGCCUCUCAAUAUUGGUAAUCCAAUCAAAAGACGUGCACGCACUACGCCUGCUAGCUGGCUCCUGUGUAACACUGGAGCCAGCCAGCAGGCGUACAAUAGCCAACUCUAAAGCUGAUUGGUUGACACUAAAUGUUCAUUUCCAUUCACUUUAAGCUACAAGCGCCCGCACUGUUGAUUCUGAAGGCCUGAGGGCAGAUUUUAGACCCCUGGCAACACAUGAUGGCUGAACAUGAUUGGAUAAAAGAUCUAACAAAGACCAGCCCUCCAAAUCUCAACCUGGGGCUGGAAGCAGUGCAACCAAGAGGAAAGCUAUGAAAUGAAGAGUAUAACUCUUACUCUGGCGAAUAAUUUAAUACAUAUUUGUGGGAAAAUAUAUAUAUUUUAAAAUUAUAUUCUGAUGAUGUUUAGGUUAGCAGAGAAGGCCUUGCUGGCCCUGACGGCCCACCACUGCUGCAUUGUACACUUUCUGCCUGUGGAAAGUUUCUUCUACAAUGUUCCAGUAGAGCAUGAUUUACUUAAAAGUAAAAAGUUAUUUUCAAAACCUGCAAUGAGUUUCUAGGCCCAUGGAGGGUAUUUUCUUGCUCCCCACUUCACCAUAAAUCUCAUAGUUGGGAAAUCAGUUCUUAAAAUGGCUUAACUUUUGAUUUCAUCAGUUAGAACUUGGCAUUUAUUUCUACAAAACUUAGAAAUGUGCCAUUUUCACAUUGACACUUGUGCUGGAUAAUGAAAAUGAAAUUGAAAAGCUUCCCUUUAAGUAGCCCAUGACAAAUGGUUACUUGAUAUUUUCUUUAAAUUAAGCACUCACCAAAUUGUAACUGGCUAUGAAAACAUAUGCAAAUAGCCCAACUGGGUAAUUACCACAAAACUAACAUUUGACCCCAAAAUUGAUCAAGUGUAAUUUCACCAAAUUUUCAUUGAUCACUGAGAUUAGGAUCCGUACUUAUCCAUUUCCUUUUCUUUCUUUAAUCAGAUUAUGCAUUUGACAAUUCCCACAACAUUCUCAUUACCGCAACAGUUUGUCCAAUAAAAGUAAACAAAUCAACUUCGGAUAGAACAUUGUUCCCCUUGUGAAAAGACCAGAAUUAAACUGAAAAUACAAAUAUUGAAAUUUUAAUUACACAAUAAAAUUCACAUCACUUUCCUAAUUGGAGCUUUUCUUGCCGUUUCAGUAAUGAGAAGACCAAGUUGGUUAAAGGGGUUGUUUGAGAAUAAGAACCUCAUUCUGAAGGCGUAUAAGCAAAUACAUUUACUUGUGUUCAUCUAAGGACUACUCCUCUUGAUCAUGCAUUAUAUGUGAAUAACCUGAACUGAUUUUAAAGUUCCUGUAAAAACAAGUGUGAUCUCACAAAGUGAGAUGCAUGUUGACAGACACUACAUAAUAUUAUCGUUUAAUGUAUACUUAAACUAGUAUAUCGUUUUGUUAUUUAUGGACAAACUACAGCAGUUUUAUUCAAAGAAAUUACGUUUUUCUAAAGUAAAAUUGUAUUAAAUGACUCGAGAAUUUAAUCCGAAAAAGGUAAUGAAAACUGAAAAUGUACAGAAUUCAUGCGAGAACGUACAAUUUAAAAUAAGACACUUUGACAAAAAUGUUGAGCUUAGUCCUCAUAAUGAUAGUUGAUUUUUGCAAACGCAUCAUGGUUUUGUAACUCAAUUUGCUACAGACAUGUCUAUUUAUUUAUAAAAAAUAAAAA